CAUCUCUCCUCCCUCCCUCGAACAGUGCAGUGUCUGGAGAGUGAGACUAAGAGGAAGAUCAUUGGGCGCCUGGUGCCUUGCCGGGUGCUUCCGGGUGGAGGAGGAGUCAUCUCAGUGCUGGACUACUCCACUGCAGCCUGCAGCAGGUGCCCAAGAGAGAUAUUCAGCUUCGAGCGCACGCUGGAGGAGCUCUACCUGGAUGCCAACCAGAUCGAGGAGCUGCCCAAGCAACUAUUUAACUGUCAGGCUCUCCGGAAGCUGAGCAUGCCUGACAAUGACCUGUCAAACCUGCCAACCACCAUAGCCAGCCUUGUAAACCUGAGGGAGUUAGACAUCAGUAAAAACGGUAUUCAAGAGUUCCCAGACAACAUUAAAUGCUGUAWAWGCUUAUCUGUUGUGGAGGCAAGUGUAAAUCCCAUUGCCAAGCUCCCAGACGGCUUCACCCAGCUCCUCAACCUGACACAGCUCUUCUUAAAUGAUGCCUUUCUGGAGUACCUCCCCGCCAACUUUGGCAGACUUUCCAAGUUACGGAUCCUGGAACUGCGAGAGAACCACCUGAAAACGAUGCCAAAGUCAAUACACAGACUGUCACAGCUGGAGCGAUUAGACUUGGGAAGCAAUGAAUUCACUGAACUGGUAAGAAAAGAGGGUUUCCUGGGAAUGUUGAAGAAGCUCACAACACUAAAAGUGGAUGACAACCAGCUCACCUCACUGCCUAACACCAUUGGAAGUUUAUCGCUUUUAGAGGAGUUUGACUGCAGCUGUAAUGAAUUAGAGUCCCUGCCCCCCACCAUUGGCUACCUGCCCAACCUUCGCACGUUUUCUGCUGAUGAAAACUUUCUCAUUGAACUACCCAGGGAGAUUGGGAACUGUAAGAAUGUGACAGUCAUGUCGUUACGCUCCAAUAAGCUGGAGUUUCUACCUGACGAGAUCGGGCAGAUGACCAAACUACGUGUUCUCAACUUAAGCGACAAUAGAUUAAAGAAUCUCCCAUUCACUUUCACAAAACUAAAAGAUCUUGCUGCUCUUUGGCUUUCAGACAAUCAGUCCAAGGCCCUGAUCCCUCUCCAGACAGAGGCUCAUCCAGAGACCAAGCAGAGGGUCCUCACCAACUACAUGUUCCCUCAGCAACCACGACAUGAUGAGGACUACCAGUCAGACAGCGACAGCUUCAACCCCACCUUAUGGGAGGAGCAGCGUCAGCAGAGGAUGACCGUAGCCUUUGAGUUCGAGGAGAAGAAGGAGGAGGAGGACAACUCUGGAAAAGUCAAGGUUGAGAUCAAUCUGAAGCGCUACCCCACACCAUACCCAGAGGACCUGAAGAACAUGGUGAAGUCAGUGCAGAACAUGGUGGGCAAGAACCAGCUUCCCCUCAGCACUGGUACUAACUCCUCUGGUACCAACAUGGAGUCACGAAAACAAGAACAGUAUGAGCCCCCCUGGCCCAUGCCCCCCAAAGAGGUGAUGGAAAGAGAGAUGUUAGAGAGAGAGAGAGAGUUCAACAAGACUCAGAUGACAGAGCAGGGCAUCAUCCACAACUCUGCCAUCGACAUCCCAAAGCGCAAGGACAAGGAGGAUCUGACUGAGAGCUCAGAGAUUUCUUUACAUCGCGUGGUUCCCAAGCUGCCACAGCCAGAGAAUGCGUCCUCGGCCGUUACAGCUUCUUCCUGUUUCUGCCUCAUAGAUUCUAUGAGCGGCUCUCCGAAUGAUAUCCGUAUCUCUGAUAUGAGGCCCACCCUGGUGGAACCGUCCAUGUACAAACCAAAGGUUGUAUUACUGGGGAAAGACAAGAAAGAGUCUACAGAUGAAUCAGAUCCGGAUAAGAUGCAUUGCCUGAACAACAGUGGCUCGUCGGCCACCUACUCGGACUACUCUCCAUCCCAGGGUUCUUCUGGCUCCUCUAACCCCCCGGGCAACGUGGCCGCCCUGCAGGCUGCUGGGAAGGAUGGAGGAGUGCCUCAACAACACUGGACCAACAGGCUGGUCCAGCAGUUCCCCAAGCCCAUCGAAACCAAGCCGCUACUGAGUCAGAGAGACCCCAGAGAGACCCCUCCCUCCAGCACACUGCAGCAGCGCAGUGAGCGACGCCCCCUCAGUGACACCUUUGACCAGUGGAACGAUACCUCCCACUACGACAACACAGGCUUCGUGUCUGAGGAGGCUCCUCUGGAGACCCCCAGUGGUAGCAGCAGUGGUAACCCCAUGCUGGGCUCCAAGUCCCGCAGCUCCUCCACCUCCCACGGGGGCCGCCGGCCCCUCAUGAGGCAGGAGCGCAUCGUGGGCGUCCCCCUGGAGCUGCAGGAGGCCCCUCACCAACACCCACACCCCUCCCACCAAUUUCAUAAUGUCCGCACCACGCCUGAAAAUGAAGUGCCUCAGCCUCCCCCUCCCAACCCAUGGCAGAACUGGACGCGAACGCCCAGCCCCUUCGAGGACCGCACAGCUUUCCCCUCAAAACUGAGCUCCCCAGGCAACAGCCCCAACCCUGACCGCAAGGACUUUGAGCAGGAGAUGCAUCAUGGGGAGCUGCCGGGCACAUUCCCCUCCACAGGGACAUGGGGUUACCUAGACUCCAGGAACUCGGGGCAGGGUCAGGGGCGCAGCAACCAGCAGGCCAACAUAUCCAGCAUGUACCAACAUGUCCAAUCCAAGCCCACUAGACCAAGCUCUGGGGCCAUGGUGAUGAGCAAGAGCUCUGAGCGCCUCUCUCCCAUGAUGAAGGAGGUGAAGGCUAAGUUCAAAAAGUCCCAGAGCAUUGACGAAAUAGACAUGGGCUCCUACAAGGUGUACAGCAUCCCCGUGGACAGCUACAGCUCCAGCAUAGAGAACCAUGGGAGUGUUGACCGUCCAGACAUGCCGGCCCCCAUGGAGCAGAGCAUGUCCCGCAGCCAGUCUGCCCCCAUGCUGGACGAUGAUGACGCCUACGGCACAAAUAGCCAGCAGCAGAAGCCUGCCAUCCCCAAGAAGGUCUACCACUUUGACCAGAGCUUCAACCCUCAGGGGGCUAUGGAUAUGAGGAAUCAGCAGCAGGAGAGGAGGGCCCCUCCACCCUUCCCCAACACCCCUGAGUAUGUCAACCAGCCGGGGAAGACCCUGCCCAAAGAGCUGGUGAGCCCCAGGGGCUACCGUGGUUACCCGCCCAUGGACCAGAUGUUCUCCUACUCUCAGCCCUCAGUCAACGAGGAGAACCAGCCGCCCCAGCAGCAGCAACCCUUCCCCAUCCCCAGUCAGCGCUCCCGGCCUGGGUUCCUGAGGCGGGCUGACUCACUGGUCAGCUCCACAGAGCUGGCUCUGUUCCGCAGGGUUCAGGAGGCCCAGGAGAUGCAGCAGAUGUCGGACCACUACGGCCGGCAGCACUUCAAAGGCAUUCUGGAGCAACAGAACAGUCCCAGCAUGGCCCAGCAGGACCAACAGUACAACAAGAGGAAUGGCAGGUACGAGGAAGACUACUCCUCCUACCAGGAGCCYAAGAAGCCYAUCWUGGGCUACCCYACWAAGAGCCUGACRCAGCGRCGSCCYCUGUCGGCCAGGAGUUACAGCACAGAGACGUUUGGGGCGUCCCAGGCCAGGCCUGUGUCUGCCAGACCCACAAUGGCUGCACUGUUGGAGAAGAUGCCCCCAGAUUAUAAUCUGAGCACGUGUACUGAGAAUAUAAAGAGCCCUGAUGAGAUGAAAAUGCGCACCAUGCAGCUGCAGCAUAAGCCUGAUGAUAUGUCCUCUAAGAUGCCAGUAGACUGGAGGCAACAGCUGCUUAGACAUAUAGAGGCCAAACGAUUAGACCGGAGCGCUGUCCUUAAGCACAACACAGUAAACUUCGGCAUGCUGUACUCUGGAGGCUAUGCCGCACCGCAUGCCGGCAGAAGCAUGACAAUAAACUUUUACAAUAACACGAAUAAGCAUGAAAACCAAACAACACAGUGGCUACCUCUACCCAAUACCCCUUCUCAACAGAGCAAUAUAUUAGACAACGGCCAGGAGGUGGUCUCUCCCACCACUCAGUGGGCCCCCUACUCACUGGGCAGGAGAGACGUGCCCCCAGAAAAUAUAAUGAAAAAGGCAGGCGGCCACCACCCCCACCAAUCACAGACAAUGAUAGUGACGUCCGCAUCGGCCACACCCCCACACCGCUCGGUGCGGGACCAGCAGUACGAGGGCGCCAUCAACAAGAUCUCCAUCCAACAGUACCAGUCUCCUCUGCCCAUGGCCACCACCACCAGUCCCCGGCCCCAGAGCGCACGCUGUCUCAUCCAGACCAAAGGCCAGAAAAGCAUGGACGGCUUCCAGGAGCAGUUCUGUGUGCGGAUAGAGAAGAAUCCAGGCUUAGGGUUCAGCAUCUCAGGUGGAAUCAGUGGCCAAGGGAACCCCUUCAAGCCUUCUGACAUGGGUAUCUUUGUUACUAGGGUACAGCCUGAUGGACCGGCCUCCAACCUGCUUCAGCCUGGGGACAAAAUACUGAAGGGCAAUGGACAUAGUUUUUUACACAUGGAACAUGAAACUGCUGUGUCUCUUCUGAAGAAUUUCCAGAAACCUGUGGACUUGGUAAUCUUGAGGGAGAGCACAAUUUAAAUAUUUUUUUACAACACCAUUGCUUCUCACCCAAACGGUUUGUGGAAAUGUGUACAACCGAUUUUUAUCUAUGAACAGAGACAUUUGCCAAUUGCUGGACCAAUGGCAAAUACUAGUGCCAAAUGUACUAUAGGAUACAUAUCUUAUAACCUAUCUAUGAAUUUUGUGUAAACAGGAAAUGUAUAUUCUGAGUUGAUGUGAAUGAAAGUCAUUUUUCUCAUUCAGCCCGAGGCUGUAGGUUGGAGUAAUUUCAUGUUAUUUAUUUUUAUUUGAUCUUUGUUUUUAUUUGGAAGUUUUUUGCUUAUUUAUAUUGCCUUUUAUUUUGUACCUUUUUCAUUGUAGCUUCUCAUUUUACUCUCAGACCAUGAAAACACACUAGCUCUUUAGGAAUUACAUUCACCAUAAACACUGCCUCAACUUUGUAUAUGCCUUGUGUAAAUAUUUUCAUUUACAAUAAAGACAUGAACAGUAGAGAGGGGAAUGGUACUGAAAAUAUAAUUUUUUUUUGUUACAGAAGAAAGAAAUCGCACUUGUCUCCAACCUUAAUACAGGGCCAACUUAUAAUCAGUUUUUUAUUUUUUAUUAUAGGUUUUCCCAUCGGUUUAUUUAAUUGUUUUAAAACUAUGUUGAUCUCUGUACCCAACCAAUCACUGCAUUCUGUGAACUAGAUUUUUUGUAGGUGCUCAAUGCUCAAUAAUGUAUAUGUAUAUGUUUACACACAUGAGCAAAAUUGAAGUAGAAGCAAUAUUCUAUCCCACCUCUGAAAAUCUUUUUUUAACAUGACAAGACUACCCUAGAGGGCCAUCUGCUGGCUAUAUUAUGUGGUUUCCCGUAAUUGUGCCAAGGAGUAUGUAAUGUAUACAUACCCCCCACAUUCAUAUACAGAAAAAUCCAUUGUUUGUGCACUUAAGCACAAUUGUAACAUCGUUUCUCAUCUGUUUGUCUGUGUUUCUAUAAAAAACAUUUGAGUGGUUUUGUUCGCACUGAUUUGAAGUGGUGUGAGUAAUAUUGCUUAGCUUUUCAGCACCACUCUGUGGAACACCAAUUACUUUUUAGAACUUAAUUUCAAGCUCAGUUUAUUAUGAGUACGCAUCAUUGGAAAAGUAUUAAUGCGAGAACUAUGAUGUUUUUUUUCAACAAUGCCGCUGCCCAGAAUAAGCAUUUCACCCUGCUACAUUUCUGGAUGGAUGUUCAUUUUAAGCUCUGAUGUUACAGCAUGGUCUUUGAAUAUGUUUUUGGGAUACAUUCUGUGUUUUGAAAUAGAUUUUAGGGUCUCUCUUAUAAAGAGAUUUCUCUCUUUUUGCAAACCGAUGAGAUUAUUAUAUUGUCAAAAUUGGUGCCAUUUUAUCCCAAUCAAAAACGUAUUCCUUAUGAGCCCUGAAUUUUUCAUAACAUUUUUGUCAAAUGUAGCAUCAAAUGUGACAUUCUUGAGAAAACUAAGCACCUAUAACCCUAUGAAGGGACCCUGGUUGAAUUUGUGCCAAGCUAAGCUGGUAAGUGGUACUUCGGUAUGCAGUCAAUUAUGAGUUCAAAUAUUCAAGAUAUUGUUACAGAAAGUUUGAUAAUAUAAUUAUUUUUACUAAAUGUUUUCAGGUAAUUAUUCGGAAUAUAUUGAUAUACCUUUGCUCAAAUAUAUAGCUUUGCUCAAUUUGCGAGAUUUUAUAAGGACAAUGAAAGAGUAUGGAUGAAGAUCUUACGACUUGAAGAAAAGCUGUACUAUCAAAUGUAUUUCUACAGUAAUUGUGAAUUUGUGUUAUACAAAUAUUAUAUAUAUGUAUAUGAAUAUAAAAAUAGUCAUUUUUGUAUGUGUUUAAAAUACAAUUAAAUAUAAAAAAGCGAAUAUAUGGUAAUAUUCAGUCAAAUUGCAGUAUUGAUGUAAAUAAUUGUGAAUGAAAACACAUUGAGAUAAUUUAUUCAUAGAUUGUGAAUGUACUCCAAGCUUCUGCAGUAUGAAGACUUAUUGGAUUUGAAUGCUGCUUCAUUUUUUGUGCAAAAAGUAAUUUUAACUAUUAAAAGAGAAUUAUUCUGUUUAGUUGGACAAAUUUAGUAAUAAUUUAUUAUACUAUUUAUUUGCACAUGCAAGUUUAAACCUUCCAGUUUUAUUUCUGUAUUAACACAAAGAAAUGUAAUUGGUAAAGUAUAUAUUGUGUGUUUAGAUUGCAUUUCGCAGAUGCUAUCUGUACAUAUUUAAGAUACAUUUUUAUUAAGAAAAGAUUAUAAAAUUGAACGAAAAAUGCUGUGCAGCAAAUACAGAGCCAUUUUCGGCUUUGGAAGUACAAUUUUUCAGUAUUUAAGAAGUGUUUUGAAUAAUGUAUAAAAGUAUAUUGUACAAAUAAUAAAAAUGUCACUUGUUAUUUUU